CCGCCGGCCGGAAGUGCCCCCGGGGGCAGGCGACCUGGGUUUCAGGUCCCGGGUGCCCGCUCGCGGUGCUGCGGCUGGCAGCUCUGCUCGAUCGCGGAACUUCCUCGCCCGCCGCCGCGCUCUCCCGCCGCCGCCGCCGCCGCCAGGACGAUGGUGCCCCGCCUGCUGCUGCGCGCCCUGUCCCGGGCCCCUGCCUUGGGCCCGGGAGCGCCCUCUCGACCCCUUAGCGCCGGCCCCGGGCCCGGCCAGUUCCUGCAGCACAGCAUCGUGCCCACCAUGCACUACCAGGAUAGCCUGCCCAGGCUGCCUAUUCCCAAACUUGAGGACACUAUUCGGAGGUAUCUCAGUGCGCAGAAGCCUCUCCUGAGUGACGACCAGUUCAGGAAAACAGAACAAUUUUGUAAGAGUUUUGAAAAUGGCACUGGAAAGGAACUGCACAAGCAGCUGGUUGCUCACGACAAGCAGAAUAAACAUACAAGCUACAUUUCCGGGCCUUGGUUUGAUAUGUAUUUAACUGCUCGGGACUCCAUUGUCCUGAACUUUAAUCCAUUUAUGGCAUUCAAUCCUGACCCUAAAUCUGGAUACAAUGACCAGCUUACCCGGGCAACCAACCUGGUUGUUUCUGCCCUCCGGUUUCUGAAGACGCUGCGGGCUGGCCUUCUGGAACCAGAGGUGUUUCACUUGAACCCUGCCAAAAGUGAUACCAACACCUUUAAGAGACUCAUCCGCUUUGUGCCUUCCUCUCUGUCCUGGUAUGGGGCGUACUUGGUCAAUGCAUAUCCCCUAGACAUGUCCCAGUAUUUUCGGCUUUUCAAUUCAACUCGUCUACCCAAACCCAGUCGGGAUGAACUGUUUACUGACGACAAGGCCAGACACCUCCUGGUCCUAAGAAAAGGACAUUUCUAUGUCUUUGACGUCCUGGAUCGAGACGGGAACAUCGUGAGCCCCUCAGAGAUCCAGGCUCACCUGAAGUACAUUCUCGAGGACAGCAGUCCUGCGCCCGAGCUUCCUCUGACCUUCCUUACUAGUGAGAACCGUGAUGUGUGGGCAGAGCUCAGGCAGAAGCUGGUGCACGGUGGCAAUGAGGAGGCGCUGUGGAAAGUAGACUCUGCCGUGUUCUGCCUCUGCCUCGAUGACUUCCCCAUCAAGGACCUUGUCCACUUGUCUCACACCAUGCUGCACGGAGAUGGCACAAACCGAUGGUUUGACAAGUCCUUUAACCUCAUUGUAGCCCAGGAUGGCUGUGCUGCUGUCCACUUCGAGCAUGCGUGGGGUGAUGGUGUGGCAGUGCUCAGGUUUUUCAAUGAAGUAUUUAAAGAUAGCACCCAGACCCCUGCCAUAACUCCCCAGAACCAGCCAGCUACCACCAACUCUUCUGCAUGUGUGCAGAGACUCAGCUUCAAGCUGAAUGAUGCCUUAAAGGCAGGCAUCAUGGCUGCUAAGGAAAAGUUUGAUGCCACCAUGAAAACCCUAACCAUUGACUGUAUACAGUUUCAGAGAGCAGGCAAAGAAUUCUUGAAGAAGCAGAAGCUGAGCCCUGAUGCAGUGGCCCAGCUGGCCUUCCAGAUGGCUUUCCUGCGGCAGUACGGGCAAACAGUGGCCACCUACGAGUCCUGCAGCACUGCAGCCUUCAAGCAUGGUCGCACCGAGACCAUCCGGCCAGCCUCCAUCUUCACAAAGAGGUGCUCCAAGGCCUUUGUCAGGGAGCCCUCCAAGCACAGCACUAGCGAGCUCCGCCAGAUGGUGGCUGAGUGCUCCAAGUAUCAUGGGCAGCUGACCAAAGAGGCAGCAAUGGGCCAGGGCUUUGACCGACACUUGUUUGCUCUGCGGUACCUGGCGACAGCCAAAGGGACUACCCUUCCUGAGCUCUACCUCGACCCUGCAUAUGGGCAGAUAAACCACAACAUCCUGUCCACCAGCACACUGAACAGCCCCGCAGUGAGCCUUGGCGGUUUUGCCCCCGUGGUCCCUGAUGGCUUUGGUGUUGGCUAUGCUGUUCAUGACAAUUGGAUAGGCUGCAAUAUCUCUUCUUAUCCGGGACGCAAUGCCCGGGAGUUUCUACAGUGUGUUGAGAAGUCCUUAGAAGACAUGUUUGAUGUCUUUGAAGGCAAACCUAUCAAAACUUAGCUUGCAGGUGGGUGAACAGCUUUUGUUGCUUCCUCUCGCAAAAACAGCGUUCCAUGCAGCCAAUAGGUGCUAUUCUGUGCUUAAACUAAUCAUAGAUGCUUAAGCAGCCAGUGCCUGAGCUGUAAGAUCAGGGUUUUAAAACUAAACAUGUUGGCUGGAUGUGGUGGUGCACACCUGUAAUCCCAACACUCAGGGGGCUAAGGCAGCAGGGUCACUUCAAGUUUGAAGCCAGCCAAGGCUACAUAGUAAGUUCAUGACCAGUCUGAACUACAUAGUGAGACCCUGUCUCAAAAACAAAGAUAAACAUGUCACUUCUGAAUAGAACGAAGUUACAACUAAAGAUAAUGAGAGACUUGUUUUAAGGCCUUUUGAUCAAGAGAUAGGGUGUGGAAAAAUAACUCAGGGCUGUGUAUUGUUUAAGCAGAAAUAAAAGUGUUGUUUGGAAA